GCGCGGAGCCGCUGCCGCUGCCGCCUCGGCCAUGCGGCUCCCGGGCCGGGGGCCUGGGCUCGGGCCCGCGCCGCCCCUUGCGCGUCUCCCCCGCUGAGCCCGCGCCCGGCCGGGGCGCCGCCCGGCACCAUGGUGCAGAAGUCGCGCAACGGCGGCGUGUACCCCGGCCCGAGCGGGGAGAAGAAGCUCAAGGUGGGCUUCGUGGGAUUGGACCCCGGCGCGCCCGACUCCACCCGGGACGGCGCGCUGCUCAUCGCCGGCUCCGAGGCUCCCAAGCGCGGCAGCAUCCUGAGCAAGCCGCGCGCCGGAGGCGCGGGCGCCGGGAAGCCCCCGAAGCGCAACGCCUUCUACCGCAAGCUGCAGAAUUUCCUGUACAACGUGCUGGAGCGGCCGCGCGGCUGGGCGUUCAUCUACCACGCCUACGUGUUCCUGCUGGUCUUCUCCUGCCUCGUGCUGUCGGUCUUCUCCACCAUCAAGGAGUACGAGAAGAGCUCGGAGGGAGCACUCUACAUCUUGGAAAUCGUGACCAUCGUGGUGUUCGGUGUGGAGUACUUUGUGCGGAUCUGGGCGGCGGGCUGCUGCUGCCGGUACCGCGGCUGGAGGGGGCGGCUCAAGUUCGCCCGGAAGCCCUUCUGUGUGAUAGACAUCAUGGUGCUCAUCGCCUCCAUCGCUGUGCUGGCCGCCGGGUCCCAGGGCAACGUGUUCGCCACGUCGGCGCUCCGCAGCCUGCGCUUCCUGCAGAUCCUGCGCAUGAUCCGCAUGGACCGGCGUGGCGGCACCUGGAAGCUGCUGGGCUCCGUGGUCUACGCCCACAGCAAGGAGCUGGUGACGGCUUGGUACAUCGGUUUUCUGUGCCUCAUCCUGGCCUCCUUCCUGGUUUAUUUGGCGGAGAAGGGGGAGAACGAUCACUUUGACACUUACGCUGAUGCCCUGUGGUGGGGCCUGAUCACCCUGACGACCAUUGGUUAUGGAGACAAGUACCCCCAGACCUGGAACGGGAGGCUCCUGGCUGCGACCUUCACCCUCAUUGGCGUCUCCUUCUUCGCUCUUCCCGCGGGCAUUCUGGGGUCUGGCUUUGCUCUGAAAGUUCAAGAGCAACAUCGGCAGAAGCACUUUGAGAAGAGGCGGAACCCUGCAGCGGGCCUGAUCCAGUCGGCCUGGAGGUUCUACGCCACCAACCUGUCCCGCACGGACCUCCACUCCACGUGGCAGUAUUACGAGCGCACGGUGACUGUGCCCAUGUACAGCUCGCAAACUCAAACCUACGGGGCCUCCAGACUCAUCCCGCCUCUGAACCAGCUGGAGCUUCUGCGGAACCUUAAGAGCAAAUCCGGGCUCACCUUCAGGAAGGAGCCUCAGCCGGAGCCAUCUCCCAGGCCGGCGGGAGACUUUCUGUGCGGCCCCCUCACGGCCGCUGCUUGGACGCGGGCGCGGUGGGCGGACCCCAAGCCCAGAGCCGCGGCCGCAGGUAAAGGCAGACCGUGCAGAGAGUCCCUGUGUGGAUGCUGCCCCGGACACUCUAGUCAGAAGGUCAGUUUGAAAGACCGUGUCUUCUCCAGCCCCCGAGGUGUGGCUGCCAAGGGCAAGGGGUCCCCUCAGGCCCAGACCGUCCGGCGGUCUCCCAGCGCCGACCAGAGUCUGGAGGACAGCCCAAGCAAGGUGCCAAAGAGCUGGAGCUUUGGGGACCGCAGCCGGGCGAGACAGGCCUUCCGGAUUAAGGGCGCUGCGUCCCGACAGAACUCGGAAGCAAGCCUCCCCGGGGAAGACAUUGCAGAAGACAUUAAGAGCUGCAACUGCGAGUUUGUGACGGAAGAUCUGACCCCGGGCCUCAAAGUCAGCAUCCGGGCCGUGUGUGUGAUGCGGUUCCUGGUGUCCAAGCGCAAGUUCAAAGAGAGCCUGCGGCCAUACGACGUGAUGGACGUGAUUGAGCAGUACUCGGCCGGCCACCUGGACAUGCUGUCCCGCAUCAAAAACCUGCAGUCCAGGAUAGAUAUGAUUGUGGGCCCCCCACCCCCUUCAACUCCCCGGCACAAGAAGUACCCCACCAAAGGACCCACGGCCCCUCCGAGAGAGUCACCCCAGUACUCACCUAGAGUGGACCAGAUCGUGGGGCGGGGCCCGGCGAUCACCGACAAGGACCGCACCAAGGGCCCGGCCGAGGCGGAGCUGCCCGAGGACCCCAGCAUGAUGGGACGGCUGGGAAAAGUGGAGAAGCAGGUCCUGUCCAUGGAGAAGAAGCUGGAUUUCCUGGUGAACAUCUACAUGCAGCGUAUGGGCAUCCCCCCGACGGAGACGGAGGCCUACUUUGGGGCCAAGGAGCCAGAGCCGGCGCCACCGUACCACAGCCCCGAGGACAGCCGGGAGCACGGGGACAGGGGCGCCUGCGUCAUCAAGCUUAUCCGCUCAGCCAGUUCCACGGGCCAGAAGAACUUCUCGGCGCCCCCGGCCCAGUGCCCGCCCUCCACCUCGUGGCAGCAGCAGUGCCCCCCGCGCCAGGGCCACGGCACCUCCCCCGUGGGUGAUCCUGGCUCGCUGGUGCGGAUCCCGCCCCCACCCGCCCACGAGCGUUCGCUCUCGGCCUACAGCGGGGGUCCCCGGGCCAGCACGGAGUUCCUGAGGCACGAGGGGGCCCUGCGGGACAGCGACACGUCCAUCUCCAUCCCGUCGGUGGACCACGAGGAGCUGGAGCGCUCGUUCAGCGGUUUCAGCAUCUCCCAGUCCAAGGAGAACCUGGACGUCCUCAACACCUGCGGCGCGGCCGCCGCGCCCUGCGCCAAAGUCAGGCCCUACAUCGCGGAGGGCGAGUCGGACACGGACUCGGACCUCUGCACCCCGUGCGGUCCCCCGCCACGCUCCGCCACCGGGGAGGGCCCUUUCGGCGACGUGGGCUGGGCCGGGCCCCGGAAAUGAGGCCGCCCGCCGGCCUCUCCCUGACUCUCGGCCUUCCAGGCUGGAGUCCCCCGGUGGUCACCGAUUCGACACAGUAACACAGAAGCCAAGGGGGCAGCAUCCUCUCCUCCACUGGCCCCACGUUCAGGGGCCCUCCGUAGAGCAGGUGCCCCUUGCCUGUGCCGGGUGUGGAUGGAAUCGGCCCUGAGACGUUUCUAGAUGCUUCUUGAAGCCCAGAGGUGUGGAUGGCCCCUGGGAGGCCUUUGUAGAAAUGCUGAUGUUUGUAUCUAUUUCGUAUUCUCCCCAAAUUGUAAAUAAUGUACACAGCGGUGGGCUCAGGGGUUCGUCCCUGACGUGACGCUGCAAGACCAGAGUGAAGACACAGCGUCCCACCCUCCGAUGUCACAAGCCCUUGAAAUAAACGUGGUGUGCAGAGGGACAGCC